CAUCCCAUGUUCUGUUCCCCACGCAUAUUAAUAAUACCUUACCACCUUCUUCUUCGUUUUUCUUUCUAUGUUGUCAUAAUUUUCUUCCUCUCUUUCUCUCUCUUUCAACCACCCAACUAAACAUCUUCCACUCUCAACUUCCUUAGAAAUUGCAAACUUCAAAUCCUUUCUUUUUUUCUCCUUCACUCAUUCUCUGAAAAGUGUUGCGUAGAACUGACAAUUGUGGCAGGGCCUAAUGGGUAACUGCCUAGAUUCUUCUGCCAAAGUUGAUGCAGCUCAGAGCUCCAGAUCCACUUCUGGAAUCUCAAAAACUACACCUUCUAUCUUAUCUAUUCCAUCAUACAGUGAAAAAAGCAACGCCUUAAGUCUGCCCACACCAAGGUCUGAGGGUGAAAUCUUGUCUUCUCCAAAUCUCAAGUCCUUCACAUUCAACGAGCUGAAGAAUGCCACCAGAAAUUUUCGGCCCGAUAGUCUUCUCGGUGAAGGGGGAUUUGGAUGCGUCUACAAAGGAUGGAUCGACGAACACACAUUUACAGCUUCAAAGCCUGGAUCAGGAAUGGUCGUUGCUGUAAAGAAGCUCAAACCUGAAGGUUUUCAAGGUCAUAAAGAAUGGUUGACUGAGGUUAACUACCUUGGACAACUGUACCACCCUAAUCUGGUGAAAUUAAUCGGUUACUGCUUGGAGGGAGAGAAUCGGCUAUUGGUCUAUGAGUUCAUGCCGAAAGGGAGCUUAGAAAACCAUCUGUUUAGAAGAGGACCGCAACCACUGUCUUGGUCAGUGAGGAUGAAAGUGGCUAUUGGUGCUGCUAGAGGACUCUGUUUUCUUCAUAACGCCAAAUCACAAGUCAUAUACCGUGAUUUUAAAGCCUCUAACAUCCUACUUGAUGCGGAGUUCAAUGCUAAACUCUCUGACUUUGGUUUAGCCAAGGCGGGUCCUACUGGUGAUAGAACUCACGUGUCUACUCAGGUGAUGGGCACUCAAGGAUAUGCAGCACCUGAAUAUGUUGCAACUGGAAGGUUGACGGCGAAAAGUGAUGUGUACAGCUUUGGAGUUGUGUUGCUUGAACUUCUAUCUGGAAGAAGAGCUGUUGAUAAAACAAUAGCUGGUAUGGAGCAGAAUCUGGUGGACUGGGCAAAACCAUAUUUGAGCGACAAAAGAAGACUGUUCCGGAUCAUGGAUACGAAGUUGGAGGGGCAGUAUCCGCAAAAGGGUGCCUUCAUGGCUGCCACACUUGCCCUACAAUGCCUCAACAGUGAGGCCAAAACAAGGCCUCCAAUGACAGAGGUUUUAGCCACUCUGGAACAGAUAGAAGCCCCCAAAGCUUCAUCCAGAAACUCUCAUUCCGAACACCACCGUGUUCACACCCCUGUCAGAAAGUCUCCGGCACGCAACCGCUCACCGCUAAAUCUAACUCCUACUGCAUCCCCUCUUCAUGCUCACCGGCUAUCGCCUCGUGUGCACUGAGAUUUCAUCGUAAAACAUAUCCGUAUGUAUAUUCCUUGUUUCUAUCAGCUUGUCUUUUCGACAGUAAAUGCAAUUUUGCCAUGUUAAGUAGAAUCAAUACUUAACACCAUUUAUUCCAAAGUAAUGUUAAGUUUAUAUUCAUUUUA